AUGAAGCUCUACAGCCCUAUAUCACCCACCAGACCAUCAUCAACAUUCCUAACAAACAUACCUUCCAUCCUCCUCCUCUCAUCCAUCCUACUCCACCCCAUAAACGCCCUCACCUACCCCACAACCAUCGAAAUCGACCUCCUCUUCCCCCUCCCCAACAAAGCCUACCACAACAUGACCUCCUUCCCAGUCAUCUUCGCCCUCCAGAACGUCCCCGCGGCCAACGAAUACGGCUACACGAUAUCCUGGGAUCUGCGAUCCGAAUCCUCAACCGAUAACUCGACCGUCGCUCUCGGCACGAUUUAUAAAAUGACGUAUCGCAAUAACUCGGACUCUGAGUUUCUUUUCGAUGACGGGCAGAUUGCCAUCCUCCCUGACACCGUGUAUCAAGGGACUCGGCUGAAGCGCGGAACAUAUGCCCUGAACUGGAAGUAUAGUAUGGUGACGUGUUUGAUGAUCGGGGAUCGCACGCAGUAUAAUAUCGGACGGACGCAGGCGUCAAAUACGCAUUCUUUUCGGAUUGAGGAGAAGUCUGGAGAUGAGAUGAAGGAGGAAGAUGUGGAUUUGGGAUUAGAUGUCUCAUGUCCUGUAUUUGGCGAUUCAAUUGUCGUGAGAGAUGCGACGAAAGGUGGAUGUCCGAUUAUGGCGGGGUCUAAGGUUAAGGAUGAAGAAGAGGAGAAGAAGGAUCCGUGUCGAGCGAAGUUGAAUGCUAAGCAGGCGAGCUGUAUUCAAGGGAACGUUGCGGGGAGGUAUAAUGACAGUAUGUGUAGGGAAGCGUUUGGGUCUGGGGGGAAUGGCAAGGGGAGGGAGAAUGGGGCAGAUGGGAUGGUCGUGAUGAGGUCGGGGAUGUUUGCACUGGGAGUUGUGGGUUUAGCUGGGGCGUUUUUGCUGUUAUAG